AAGAAGAAGAAGAAGAAGAAGAAGAUCCCCCUUCUCUGCUGUGAUUGGACAGACGGAGCGUUACGUAGAAGCCAGCUGCAGAACCAGGAAGAAUGACAAAUGCUUAUCGGUGAGCUUUGCGACCAACAUGGCGUCUUACUUUGAUGAACAUGACUGUGAGCCCACCAACCCUGAGGAGCAAUAUCGGCAGAACGCGCUGCUGGAACUGGCCAGGUCUCUGAUGCAGGGUCUGGACCUGAUCGACUCCGGGGGGUUCGACCCGUCGGACUGGGAUCAGCGGCUUCCUCCUCCAGCAGCCAAAGCCGCCGUUCAGACCCUCACGGUGGUGGUGGUUUCUGCAGAGCAAGCAGACAAAGGCCUGAAAUGUCCCGUGUGUUUGCUGGAGUUCGAGGAACAGGAGACGGUUCGGGAAAUGCCCUGCAAGCACCUCUUCCACUCCGGCUGCAUCCUGCCGUGGCUGGGAAAGACCAACUCCUGUCCGCUCUGCCGACUGGAACUUCCCACCGACAACCCGGAGUAUGAGGAGUUUAAAAAAGACAAGGAGAGAAGGAAGCAGAGGGAGCACCGCCUGGAGGGCCUGCAUGGAGCCAUGUACACCUGAGGAGCUUAGCAGCAUCGCAACGUUUAUCUACAACCUUUUCCAAAAAGACUCUUCAUUCCUCUCUUUGUGAAAUCUUUGAACUUGAAGAAGAAGCCGAAGCAAACGGUCGACAGAUGAUGAUCUGCUGCCAACUUAAAACUGGGAUUAAAACUUGAAAUGUUUGUUUUUCAGCUGUUUUUACAGAAAAUUGAAAUAUUUGAUUAAAGAAGCUCCAAAGCCUUUAGGCUCAGUGCCUCAACGUGGAUCGGCUGUUCAGAGUGGGGGCCGGGGGGGCCACAGAUGACUCUCAUGGUCAUUGUGAGAUGACGCCUGAUGGUUUGGACUGAAAAUUGGUUCCAAUAUAAUUUAAAGCAAAGAACUUCUUUCCAAAAAGAAAAUCUGAAGAAAAUAUUUUUCAAAAAUGGGAAACUUGCAGUAAACUAAAGUUCUGCCAUAUUUUACAGUUUGAUGUUUUUGAUUUUAUUUUGUCAGCGUUUUAGUGGGAGGCUUUAUUUAUUGGUUUUUACUCUGUGUUCUACUCUUCCAGGUGCUCAGCAGGCGGACCAAUAGAAAAGCUGCUGCUAGUCAAAACAGAGCAGAAUAAUUUAGUGUAUUAAUUAAUAGAGCAGCGUAGAACAGGGUGGGAAGUUCUUCAUAAAAUGAUUCAUUCAUAAAACUCAAAAAAA